GCCAUUCAGCCCCCGAGAGAUAGAGAGAGAAGGGAGAAGGUUCAGUCAGUCAGAGAGAUAGAGAGAGAGAGCGAGAGCGAGCGAAAGUGAAGAGGCUCCACUGCAAGAGCUGAGAAGUGAGUAAAUCCUUGCUUUGUUCGUUGCCUUGCAUCAGCCGGUGCUCUGAGAGUCCUCUCGCUGUUGUGGACUUGCGCCUUCGCUCAACGUGGUGGCCCUUUCGCUCGACGUGGAGUGACAAAUUCCGAGGACCAGAAAUCUAUUCAGUUUAUGCAAUUUAUGCAAUUUCCGGUUCGGGAGUAGUUGCUGGUUCAAUCGCUACAGGUCGUCGUUUGUUUUCGGGUCGUGGAGCUGCUGACCGGACAGAGCGAGCGAGCGAGGCAGCGAACGGUUGAAAUUGAUAGUGACGCAGCUCGGCUUAGCACGGAAGGGGAGAAAUCGUACAGGCGAAGUUUCUCAGACUCCCAGUCCAGGCUUUCAUAGAUACUGGGCCAAUGGUCACCUUCUCGUCGGAUUUGGUCACCCUUUAUUUCUUCAACGCUGUAAGUGAGGGAGAAAUCGCACAAUCCUCGAGGCUCACGGUGAAGCUGUGCUGCAGUUGCCAGGACCAUCCUGAUUAGACCUUAGGCCAUAAUUUCACGUGACAGUGUUUAGUUUGCAAGGGAGGCCCAGUUCAGUUCACCACCCGACUCGUCGCUUCUUAUCAUGUUCCUCAUGAGCGUUCGAAUUGGUCACCAGUAGGUCCUUGCGAGCUCCGCCUUCCGACCGGCUUGAGAACAGAGACGCACCGUCCGGUCUGCACGCACGCAGCCCUGCUCGCCUCCGUUCUCCAGAUUUUGCACCAACGCUGUCCACGCACAAUCCACAAUUUUGAUCGACUCCAGCGCUCCUCUUCUUUUCUCUGGUCCCUCCUCCUCUCCUCCUCUCUGGACCGAGGGAAUUCCAGUUCAAUUCUAGGCACCGACCGAGCGUCGACGAGACCAGGUGUUCAGAGAAAUUCUCAGAUUUAGCAAGCAGGUGUGGGAACGUCGUCGGAUUCGGACUCGUUCGCCGCUCCAAAUCCCGAGUCCACCUCGCUGCCAGCUGCAGCAUUCAGCAUGGUGAUGGCGGCGAAGGGACCAGCGUCAUCGCUGAUCUUACCACCGGGCUUCCGUUUCCAUCCAACCGACGAGGAACUUGUGCUGCAUUACCUGGGCCCUAAGGCCGAGGCUUACGUGUUCAAUCUGCCAGUGAUUGCCGACGUCGACCUCUACAAGCAUGAUCCCUGGGAUCUGCCCGACAAGGCGAUAUUCGGAGAGAGGGAAUGGUACUUUUUCAGCCCGCGCGAUCGCAAGUACCCGAACGGAGCUCGGCCGAAUCGAGCGGCGGGCUCCGGAUACUGGAAAGCCACGGGGACUGACAAACCAAUUUACAGGACCAAGGACGUGAAGACGCCCAUUAAGAUCGGCGUCAAGAAGGCUUUGGUUUUCUACAAGGGCCGUGCUCCCAAGGGAGUCAAGACCAACUGGAUCAUGCACGAGUACCGCUUGGCCGAGAAUGGCAUCUCCCCGACCCAUCACGUCCACCGCAAGGGCUCGCUUAGGCUCGACGAUUGGGUUCUGUGCAGGAUUUACAAGAAGAGCACGAACGCGCAGAGGACCGGGAAGGAGCGAGAGAGCUCGUCCUGCGUCGAGGAGGUGCUGGCCUCGCUGCCCGAGAUCGACAAUCCUCGAAUUAUGCUGCCGAGGCUGGAGCAGACCUUCAGCGGUCUGAUGGACCAGGACUUGCAGACCAUCCAGAACAUGGGCUCGCCGCUCAUGGACAGCUUCCUGACGGGCGACGGCUCGGAGAUUGGCAGCCCGAAUCCUCCGGAACAGGUGGAGUCGCCGCCAGAUGCCAGGUCCAGCGCUCUGCAGCAGCAGCAGCAGCAGCAGGGCGGCCAUGGGACGAGCUUGCAGCCGAAGAUCGAGCCCAUGACUCACGACCGGGUGAACCUGAAUGCGGAGCAGCAUCCGCUGAACCAUUCUGCGAUGGUGGGCGAAUUGGGGCCCAACAACAGCGGCGCCCACAAUGCCUGGCGCCCCAGCAAGGAUUUCAUGCAGAUGAUGUCGUCCGAGCUAUUCUUGGAGAGUCAUCUCAGGCAGAGCCCUCCGGAGCUCCUGGACAUGGAGGACGAAGCCCAGAGCUCCUACCGCGCCUCGCUCGCGAGCACGUUGAAUUACGCCUCGGGCGGGGCUCUGAACCGCCUCCAUCACCACUCCUCCGCCAGCAGCACCAACAAUAACGCCGGCAACAUUUCGUCCUUCGCCACUGCACCUUAUCUGGACCUGCAGCACCGCAGCCACCAUGACGAUGGCACCCUGGGCAGCAUUCAUGCUCACUUCACCUCGGCCGGGCCUGGGAAUCUGCUGUCGAUGUCUAUGGGCGCCAAUGCGGGCGCAAUGGGCACCAGCAGUGGGACUUCGACUGCUUAUGUGCCCAGUCUGAAUCACUUUCAGAACCAGCAGCAGCACAAUAUGAAUCUGGCGCGUCAAUCGACUGCGGCCCCUGUGUACUUCGACCUCGCGCACAGCUCCAACCUCAAUCACGAGCUGACCGCAGGAAGGGGAAGGUGAGCGGAGAAGGGCGAUCAACCGAUCAGUCCCAUCGAGAAUCCAUUUAAUGACUGGUCGAGAUCGAACAAAGGCUCCUGUCUGUGGGGGAGAAGAUCGCUCGCGCAGGCAGCUCGCUCGAACGACCUAUGACCGAUCAGAACGACGAUCCGAAUCGAACCAAGCGCUUCGGAUUCGCCUGCCGCUGCCUCUACAUCGGAACGAUGGGCAGGCAGGUCGACACCAUCACCAACCAACCAACCAACAGCAUGAACAACAGCUGCAGGGGUGUACGAAUGAGAUCCCAAGUCAAGAAGGAAGGCGGACGACGACGAAAUCGCGUGUAAAUGUACAUACGAGGUACAGUUGUACAGCUGCAGAGUCUGGACAGCCAGCUACAACCGGGACGGACAGCAUCAGCAGCAAGAGGAUCCGGUGGAUGGAGGAAGUGUCAGGCUAAGAAGGCUAAUGCGGCAACAUUCCUCAACAUUAGAUACAAUAGUCAGUCUCCAUGUGCAUAUUGUCAAAUUUUUCAUAGCCAUAGGUUUUCUACAGGGAGGGAGCCCGAUAGAAUCGAUCUAUCACUUCUAUGGAUCCAUCAAUCAAUGCCCCCAGAUAAUUAGACACAUUUUCAUCAUUUCAUUCUUUUAAAUCGUGGCGGAUUAACCAUAUCCUCCAAGAUUUUUAUUACUUUCAACAAUAAUCAACAAUUUCUUCGAAUGUCAACUGUUUCGAGUUCCAAUUCUGCCCCGUUCCAUCGCUUCUGUACAGAGUUCUGGCCUCUCAUGUCAAAAGCGGUACAGUAUGAACAUCAUCAUCAUGUGCUCUUGUUGUCGUAGUAGUGGUGGUUCUCGGCAGCGCAAGCGCAGCGACUCGUCUAGCUCCCGUAGGUCCUAGGUUCCUGUAGACGCCGCCCAGCUGCUAGCGAGCCCCAUCGUACACUAGGCUCAUGGCAUAUGGCUGUUUGGCAUUUUAUCAUAGGGCACUGCUGCUGCUGCUCAUAGCACUUACGAGUGUUGUGAGCUGAGCACUGUUGUACCCCGCCCCUUGUGGAGGCCUUCGGUGCCGAGUAUAUGGUUCCCAGUGACUCGAUCACUCGUGAGUCUCCUUCGAGCUCGAGGAACAGGGGGCUCAAUGGUCUCCACAAUCCUGUGAAUCUUCUCGGUGCCUCGAAAGUACGCUUCCUUAUUGGCAGAAGGCAUAUUAAAAUUUUGUAAUUCAUUGUAUUGCUGAGUGUCAUGAAAUCGAGUUUUGGUCCUUCCGCUC